ACAUAUAAUUUUUAGGUGAAAGUGUCCUCUGCUUUGGACACAGUUUAGCCGUCACGUUGCUGUGUCGUGGACCUCGUUUAUUACAUACAAUGUCGGAGACCAUCAAAAACGUGGCGAUAUUCGGAGCCACGGGAAUGACCGGGCUGGCGACGCUGCCGCAGGCCGUGUCUGCAGGAUACAAUGUGACCGUGCUGGUUCGGGACCCUGCCAAGCUGCCUGCUGACCACAAGGCGUCCAGAGUGGUGGUGGGAGACGUGCUCAAUAAAGAGGACGUGAAGAAGACCAUGGAGGGCCAGGAUGCUGUGAUCAUCAUCCUGGGCACCAGGAACGACCUCAGCCCAACCACUAUGAUGUCUGAGGGAACCAAGAACAUUGUGGAGGCCAUGAAGGCUCGUGGGAUCCGCAAAGUGGUCGGCUGCAUGUCGGCCUUCUUGCUGUGGGAUCGCUCCAAAGUCCCGCCCCGUCUGGUUCCAGUGACAGAGGACCAUGACAGGAUGCACACAGUGCUGAAAACGUCGGGGCUGGACUACGUGGCCGCCAUGCCUCCUCACAUCGGUGGCGACCUUCCUCUGACAGAGAAUUACAUGGUGACCGAAAACAUGCUAAAAGGAAGAGCCAUCUCUAAACAUGACCUGGGACAUUUCUUCGUCAAGUGUCUGUCCACCUCAGAGUGGGAUGGCAAGACUGUUGGAGUGUGGGGAGAGUACAAAUGAAAUCCUGAAACAAUAAUCCAAGCAUGAAACACAGAUCAUUGAUUGUCAUUCUCUAUUUCCACCAAAACACAAACACAGAGAAGAGAAAUAUAUUUGUUGAGAGAUAAAUGAUGGGAAAGAGGGAAGAAAAGAUGAUUGUUUUUUUAAUAAGCCACUAACGCUUUGCUGUUUUCACUUCCAUGAUUAUGACUGAGCAGCUUUUGCUUCGUUCUGGCUCUGAUUUCACUUUUAUGAUCAGAGGCACAUAGGGGAUGUUUUAAAAGUGCUUUAGCUAUAGCUGUUUACAUGUUUUAACAUAGGUUCAGUGUUUUCACAUGAACAGUCCUUGUAUGUUCAAUGUUUUGUUUCCCAUCAUGGAGCAUUUUGUCAUGUGAUGCCUCCCGUUGCUGUUCUGAUAUGGAGUAGUCCCCCUUUUUUACAGCUGCUGAAAAUAAAAGACUUUAUUGUACAAAA